CUUGACUGAAACUUAUGAAAUUACUGAAACUCAAGGCACCAAAAGUAGACAUAUCAGCGCGCUCGAUCGUCGCUCUACAGAUUUGUUAGCGGGUUUCGGGGCUUUCUCAUGUGUCCUACCUCUUUAACGGGCGUCGCCAUAACUGCUAUUCAUUCAAUAUGAAAAUGUUUGAAUGCAUACCUGUAUGAUACACAGCCCCGAGAGGAAACCAUGGAGAACACACUACGACGAGGCCUCAAUGCGGUCAGAGCGGUCCGUGCAGCGUACGUCAGCAAUUUAGCAUGUGUAACAGAGGGCGAAAACGUUGAGCUACGGCUGGCAGGGGAGGACGGGCUCUACAGCGCGACGUUUGGCACCACCGAUGCCGGGAGCCCGAACAUCGCUGGCGAGUCCCGGUUGGACCUGACCAUGAGCGGCAGGCCGUACACGUGGGACGAGGACAGUGACCGGGAAGCCUUCCUGUACGCCGUGCCGUGCCCCUCCAACUCGGGCGUGGUGUACUUCUCCACACACGUGACCCUGAUGCGACUCAACCCGGACAACAGUGUGCAGGUGGUGGCGGGGUCGUGGGACCGGCCGGGGGAACGCGACGGGCACGGCUCGGAAGCCACGGUCAAUGCCCCCUUGUGCCUGGCUCUCACGGGGACGCUGGCCAGCACCACACGAGGCGGCGCCGGCGCGGGGGCGGCUGGCGUUGCUGGCGUUGAGGGUGCCGCUGCUAGCGGCGUCGCGGGCGGCGGCGCAACGGGGGCGGCUGGGCAGGAGCCGGGCACGCCUAGCGCUACGGCUGCUGCGCCGGGAUACCUGUUUUUCGGCGACGGCGGCGCCCGGACGCACGUACGACGGGCGAGACUGGCGCCGCUGGGGAGUACGGGCGCGGCCGGGGCCUUGUCGCCCGAGGUGUUGACCCUGCCAAACGUGGUCACACAGCGGCCCAUAAGCGCUCUGGCGUACGACUGCAUACGCGGCGUCCUGUACAUGGCUGACGCCGAGGUGGUUUAUGUCAUCCGUGACCCGCUGGGCCCCAGCCCCAGCAUGGUGCCGGUGGCGGGUCACGACUGGACGGACGAGGAGCGGGAGGAGGUGGGCGAGUUCGGGAUGGGGCCGGCGGGCGACGGCCGCCGCGACGGCCGCGGGGUGGACGCCAAGUUCUACUGCAUAUGCGACAUCAUGUUGGACAGCCGGGGCCAGCUGUACGUGACGGACCUGGGCAUGCAGACCGCCCACUCGCUGCCGUGUGUGCGCCGAGUGGACCCCGCAGCCGACUACGCCGUCACCACACUGCCCAUAGCCCUGGGCGCUGCCACCAGCGCCAGUCUGACGCAGCUGCCAGGUAGCUGGCUGUGUGUGUACGAAUGGGGCGGCAGCCGGCUGCAGCUGGUGCACAUACCCGGCCUGGAGCCCUGUGUUCUGCCGCCGCCCGCGCCGCCCGCGCCCCCGCCCGACCUGGCCGGACUGUCAGCGGACUGGGGCACGCUGCUGUCCGACCCGGUGGGGACCGGGUCUGACAUAGUGGUGCACGUGGGCGAGCGCUCCUUCGCGGCCCACCGCCUGGUGCUGGCCGCGCGGUGCGAGUACUUCCGGCGGCAGUUCGCGGGCGGCUGCCGCGACAGCAACGCCGCCGAGGUUCACCUGCACGACGCCGACCCCGAGGCCUUUGCACAGCUGCUGCGCCACCUGUACACGGGUGACCUGGACUUCCCUGCGGCUCGGCUGCGGCCGCUGUUGGAGCUGGCGGACCGGCUGCUGCUGCCGCGUGUGGCGGAGCGGGCGCAGCAGCAGCUGCUGGCGGCGGCCAGUCCCGGCGGCGUGGUGGAGGACAUGCUGUGGGCGGAGCGCAUGGGCUUUGACCAGCUGCUGGCGGGACUCAAGGCCUACUACCUGCAAUACGAGGGGCGGGUGCUGUCCACGGCUGGCGACGCGGUGCGCGGCAUGAUGGUCUCCCACCCGGACCUGUUCUUUGAACUGCAUGUGGCGAGCGUGGUGCGCCGGGCCGGAGGCGGAGCCGGAGGUGGAGCAGGAGGGCCAGGAGGAGGAGGAGGAGGAGGGGCGGCGGGGGCAGCGGCAGUUGGUGCGGGGGGCGUAUGACUGAUGGACUGAUGGACUGAUGGGAGCCGGUGCAGGUGGGACUUGGUUGAGUGCGGCGGAGGGAGCCUGGGAGGGAGCAGGUGGGAGCGGAGCGGUGUGCCGUCGGGCCGACGGGUUGUGAAGGGGCCAGACGCGUCGAGUGAGAGGCUGGUGGGGGGGGAGCAGGGGUUGCACUGCGACUCCGUGGAGUCGUUGUUGUGUGCGGCUGUGCGGGGGCGGGUAUGUGAAUGCCACUGCCGCCACGCCGGUCAGCCUGGGGGCUGGUGGGCGGGUGGUCUUGUUAGCCCCCGAACAGCAAGGAAGAUGCUGUCGCGGUCUCCGCUCAAAGCAGCAGCACGGUUGAUGUGCAAAUCGUGCUUCAAGGAGGGGUAUCGUGAGGGUGUGGCAGCGAUCUUAUCGGCUUUCUAGAUCAUGAUCUGCGUCGUGCUGCUCGUGUUUAGCAUUCAGGGCAUGGAUGCAUGCAUGCACCGGGACCAAAUGGGCUGCGGCCACGCCACGUUGGUGCAUGUCUGCGGCCGAGGGCAUCGAAACUACCUCACCUCCCGGACAUAGCCGGGGGCGGUUGGAAGAGGCACCGCCCGCCAUGUGUUCAGCCGCGUCCCGCUGUCA